AUGACCAGAUUCGGCGGAGAUGGCGGUCGAAAGAGGAUGAGGGAUACGCGACGACGACGUUCUGUACUACACAAAUUUCAUCGAUAUGCUGAAUCAUGGGAACAUGCUUUCAAUGAACUCUGGGCAGGAUCGGAGUGCCUGACCAAGAUGGUUCGUAGUUUUGAAGCUCGCAAUAAGAGUUGUGAAGAACAAGAUUUGAUGGUGAAGAGCGAAUACAGUAGUUUCGUAUUUUCACAAGUGCUGCCAAAGCUCAGCUCCUUGAAAAGGUUCACUAUGAUAGAGUGUGGAUUCGCAAAAUCUGAUCAUCUACGGUUGGAUGUCAAGCCUACGCCAACUUUCUGUAAUAUUAUGGGUCAUAAUGCGAGGUAUCACAAAGAAGCUUCAAUGUUUAUUGCCGCUGUUGCUAACGCUGAUACGAAAUUGGGGUACCUCUACCUUGAAAGACUUAAUCUGAACACGCUAUUCGGCGCUUCCAUUGGCACGAAUACCAUGCUUCCAUAUCGGCCGGAUGCUCGGCAUGCCAAAACCCUAAGAAUUCUAAAGCUCCAGUUUUGUUUCUUGAAAGAAUCCAUUCUCGACUGGGGAGAAGUUCUUGAUGGAAUAAAGAGUGACUUGACCCUUAAGGAAGUGCAUUUAUGCUAUUUAAAAAAACUUCUGCCCGAAGACCAGAAUACUUUUGACAAAGCCGUCCAUUUGGAACACGUUUACCAUGGCAAUACCUUUCACUCACUACUCGAAGAUCGUCUUAUUCGCAAGAAUCUCAUCGCUAAUGAAUUGUCUCUCGAACCGAGCGAACUAUGGCAGAACUAUAUCCUCUAUCUGACAACAGAGAAACAAAAGGCAAAGGUAAGGCUGGCAGAACUUGAGUCACAAGAUCUUACGUGGGACUUUAAGAGUGACGAGGAUAUGCGACUCUUUGAAUUUAUCUGGACGGGGUAG